CAGAACUGUUACAGGCGAGGAGGAUGUCAGCAACAAGGUGAGGAGAUGAGCGCCGUUUGAAGAAGUCGCCCAUGGCAGUGACGAGCCUGCACAAAUUAUGUAGUUUCAGUUCGCCUGCUCAAAUAGAGGAAACCACAUUACUUUGGCUAUAAAAAGGAUUUCAAGCGCUAAGAUCCAACAGCGAAUAUGAUUCUUUGGCUGCGGCAGCGGUGAGGAAGCAUGGAGCGGAAUCCUGGGAUGUCGAGACGAACGUGAUGACAGCAUGGUCCAUGGUGGAGAAGCUCAAAAAUGGAAAAACGCCCAUGCAGGGAGGAGAACAUUGACUCGAGAGAGACCCGGCAUGCUGCCGACGAGUCUGAGGACGGAAGCAGCUCAGAGAGCGAGUUGGAGGAGCAGCAGCCCACGAGGGCUCAGGUGAGCAGCAACGGCUGUAAGAGGAGGGAGCCCUUGGCCAUCACCAAACCCCACCGUCAGCUCUGUCGCUCACCAUGCCUCGACCGGCCCAGUUUUUCUCAGAGCAGCACCGUGCAGGAUUUUCGCGACGAUGACGCCAGCGCAGCACCAGGGCUUAAACUUGCCAUUGGAAGAGAGUAUCAGUCAAAGAUGGAGUUUGCUCUGAAGUUGGGCUAUUCAGGAGAACAGGUGGAGGCGGUGCUCAACAAGUUGGGUGCUGCGGCGCUGAUUAACGACGUUCUUGCUGAGUUGGUGCGGCUUGGAAACAAAGUGGAGCCUGAACUUCAACCGUGCAGCAGCACGUUCACGUCAGUAUCACAUCCUUCCUGUGUUAAAGAAGCUGCUAGUCCUGAAGUUUCAGUGGAAGAUGACUCUGUGGAUAUCUAUGACAACCUCAGGCCCAUCGUCAUUGAUGGUUCAAAUGUGGCUAUGAGUCACGGGAACAAAGAGGUAUUCUCCUGCCGUGGUAUCCAGCUUGCUGUCGAUUGGUUUUUGGAAAAAGGGCAUAAAGACAUCACUGUGUUUGUCCCAGCCUGGAGAAAGGAGCAAUCUAGACCUGACGCCCUCAUCACAGAUCAGGAAAUUUUGCGCAAGCUAGAGAAACAGAAGAUCCUGGUUUUCACCCCGUCUCGAAGAGUUCAGGGCCGAAGAGUGGUGUGCUAUGACGAUCGCUUCAUAGUGAAGCUGGCGUUUGAUUCUGAUGGAAUUAUUGUGUCGAAUGACAACUACAGGGACUUGCAAAACGAGAAGCCAGAGUGGAAGAAGUUUAUUGAAGAGCGCCUCCUGAUGUAUUCAUUUGUUAACGACAAGUUCAUGCCGCCUGAUGACCCACUGGGAAGACACGGGCCAAGCUUAGAAAAUUUUCUCCGCAAGAGACCAGUUGUUCCAGAAUACAAGAAACAGCCUUGCCCCUAUGGGAAAAAGUGCACAUACGGACAUAAGUGCAAAUACUAUCAUCCCGAGCGUGUCAACCAACCGCUGCGCUCUGUGGCUGAUGAACUGCGAGCCUUUGCCAAACUGUCUGCAGUAAAAACAAUGAGCGAGGGGGCUUUAGUUAAAUGUGGCACAGGUCCAGCAGCUGUAAAGGGUGAUGGCAGCUCUGAAGCCAAACGCGUGGCACCCAAACGUCAGUCUGACCCCAGCAUUCGCUCAGUGGCCUGUGAACCUCCAGAGGCGCUCUCUGUUGUUCGGAAGUCUGAGACAAAUUCAGUGCCUUCCCUCGUGUCUGCUCUCAGCGURCCCACCAUGCAGCCUGCCAAGAGCCACGCAGCUGGAGCCUUGAACACACGAUCUGCCAGCAGCCCAGUUCCAGGUUCUCUGCAGUUUGCUCACAACUCCCUAGAGCACAUGUCCAGUGUUCAGUACCCCCCCAUUUUAGUCACCAACAGCCACGGCGCCUCUGUCACAUACGGCGAACAGUUCCUGAAGUAUGACUCGGUUAGCGAUCAUGGAUACUAUUCACUCCACAGUGAUUUUUCAAAUAUGAGCAUGAGCAGCAUGCAUAAUGUGGACAGUUUCUGUAGCAUGGAGCACGAGCAUGUGUAUCAGAGAAAUCCCAGCCACUGCGCCGAAUCCUGCCUCAGCCACUCCAACAGUGACUCGUUCUCCUCUUACGGGGACAUGUACCCAAGCUCCGUGGACAGCAGCUUGGAGGAGAGCAUCAAAGGACAGCAGCAAGCUCCUGCACAGAGUCGGAUGCAGGCCUUCUCCCGUGGAUUUCGUCAUGAAGCKCUGUCCAGAGUGCAGAGCUACGGACCGGAGGAGCCCAAACAAUGUCCCCACAAGCAGUCCGAAGCUCACCUGGCGCCACAUAUCCAGCAUGCAGCUGUGGGAGCCCGGUCCAGCUGUCCUGGAGACUACCCGCUCACUCAAAAUGUCCUCCCGCCUUUGUCCUCCCAGCCAACGCGGUCUCUAGGCAUGACUCGCAUGGACAGCAUAUCAGAUUCAAGGCUAUACGACAGCAACCCAAUGAGACAGAGGCGACCGCCGCUGUGCCGCGAGCAGCAUGCGAGCUGGGACCCCCUGCCCUGUGGGAACGAGUCCUUWGGAUAUCACUCAUAUCCGCUCAGUAACAGCUUGAUGCCAUGUUGCGAGCGAGUGAUGGUCCGCAGCAUGCCAGACAAAAUGGAACAAAUCUGGAACUCGCCGUGGGAGACCCCAUCUGCAGUCGAACACCAAGAGCGGUACGUUAUUCCAGAUCACCAGUAUCAGACAUACAGGAACCUUUGUAAUAUCUUUCCUGCUUACAUAGUCCACUCAGUCAUGGAGAAGAACCCUCAAUUGACAGAUCCACAACAGCUGGCUGCUGUCAUUGUUACAAAACUGAGGUCAGGACACUGAGCAGCUAUAAAGGAGUAAUUUGAUUACCAAUUAGGCACUUGUUAAAUGUUGCUUCAGUGUGCAACAUCUGCCCUCAGGAGCUACUAAUGUUGUUUUGUGUUUCUGGUGGGAACUGUGGCGCUCAGAAUAAAUAUUGCUAGGAUGGCACAAUACAAAAUCUUUUCUAUAAAGGGAGGUGAAACCUAAAGGAUGCAAAUGGAUACAUUUUUAGGGAACUUAUUCAUGAAACAUUCACACUACCUGAUCAGGAGCAACAGUACAUUUUAGAGAUUUCUAAUCCCCCCCCCCCCUCUUUUUUAAACAAAUACCGGAAAUUUAAAUUUUGAUGUUGAGAGUCUGAUUGUUUGCACUGUUUCAACAUGUAUUUAACACAAGCUGGCUAAAUUUGUUGUGGCUGUUUUAAAGUUUGCUAGAUACAAAUUAGGUUAGGGAAAGAAGUGUCGCUAAAAUUAAAGAUCUAAAAAACAUGACAUUAAGUAGUGUGUCACUAGAAAAAUGCCUUCAGAAAAGCAUUUAGUUUUAAAACAGGUUUCCUGUAAAUAAAAUUUGAAAAAUUGCUUUAAGAAUUAAAAUUUUUAUCAACAAGUUGGAAUAAGAUUUAGAAUGACUUCAUAUAUUGAUAAAUUUGUAGAAUCUAGAAAUAUUAUUUACAUUUAAAUUAUUUCCCCAGUGCAGAGUUAAUACUAUAUAAAGUUUGUGAAGACUAACGGACUAAAGUCCAGCCUUGUUCUAAUCCUAAAUAAUGUUUUGUUUAUGGACGGCCUCCUUCACUCUCUAUGAUGACCUCGUUACUCUUCCAUGUCCUACACAAGAACUAAAGAUUGACUAAAACAAGUUUUUCUGAUGUCAGUCUUUACACAUCAGGUCUGAUGCUUUUUUACAUUUCUGGCCACUAUUUUUCACACAACAAUCAUUUCCUCUACUUAAAUAAAUGUCUGUUUAACAACCCCUCAAGAAGUUGUUCAAAUAAAAACUAUAUAUAGAAGAGCUUUCUCACUUUUUUGUUGUGAGCUACAGUACAGUAAGCUGGUUAUAGCAGCUGCUGAUCUUCAUUU